AACUUUUACUUUGUGUGGCUUUAUACAUAUGGCCCCAGAUAACAUUCAUGUUGUUUUGUCUAUUAAACAGAAAGAAAACAAGGAUGUUGGUACAGCAGAAGUCAAAUCCGAUCAAGAUAAAAUACAUCAUCUAUUUCACAAACUUAGUCUUGAAGGCAGGCGCCACAAUAAACUGAGAGCUGCAGAUGUUCUUCAGAUAACUGAACAUUCAUUACAGUCUCAUGAGUCUUGUGUUGAAGAGGAGCUGGUUCAGACUUUCCUACAAAAAAUACUGAUGAUGGACUACAGAGCAAGAUACAUCAGUGUUAAAGAGACAAAUGAACAGGAUCAACAAAGAGAUGCUGACUCGUCUGAAGAUGAGGGUGAUUUUUUUGAACAUGUUCUUCACAACACUUUGUCAAACACAGUAACAAGUCAAUCUGAGCGAAUUCACCCGAUGGAUGUUCAGAUGGCCGUGUUUCAUUGUGCUGAUGGUUUCUUGAAGCAGCUGAUGGUGACUAAACUGUCCCAGUGUCAGUAUGCUCUGCCUCUGCUUGUUCCUGAUCCAUUCACACAACAGAUUGAGUUUCCUCUCUGGACAUUCAGACAAAUCAACAAGAGCUGGAAGAUGAGAAACAAUGAUAACGAGAUCAUCAGUCAAACCCAGCCGAUCUACAAUACACAAACUCCAAUGGUGUUUUUCUUCAGGUUUGGUUCUGUGUCUUCAUCCAAGUCUCAGCUGAUGAACAGUCUGAUCAAUGAGAAACACAACACGUUCUUCCACAGGAACUGCCCAGGCAGCAGCAGAACCAGGGUCCUGAUGGAUGGAGUGGUGGAGAUUGCCUGGUUCUGCCCCUCUGGGAAAAACACAGAUAAAUUCACUGACUGUGUUGCGUUCUGUAAUCUACACGGUGAUGCAGGAGACCAUGAGAAACAGCUGCAGAUCCUCACUGAAAUGGCCUCAGUCAAUGUUAUUCUUUUGCCACAACUGGACAAGAAUGACAGAAGUGCAGCAAUGAUGAAUAACCUGUUUGGAAACAAAAAGCCACUCAUUUGUCUUCUUACUGAGGAUCAAUCAACUGUAAUGAAGAUGAAGAAAAGAAAAUUCAAAAUCGGUCUGAAAUACAGAAAUCAGUCGGAUGUAUCUAAAGAACUCAUAAAAACUAUAAAUGAUUGUCUCUCAGAAUCAUCUUCCACUUUCAGACUUGAAGAUGUGUCCAAACACUCAGACAUCAGAGUAGAUGAGGAAGAUGAUGAUGACUGCAGGAGAGGAAGAGCAGCAGCACAGCAGAUUAUGAAUUCACUGAAGAAGAAACAUCUGACAGAAAUCAAAGAAUCAUUUAUGCCUCAUCAGGGAAAACUGUGGCAUCAGUGGAGUCAGAAGAACAAAGAACUACAUCGACCUCAAGGAGAAGAAAUAAAAAUGGAAAUAAGUAAAAUAAAAAUAAAAAUGAAUGAAAUCCGUGAAAAACAGCAUGAAUCUGACAUGAGUGAGUUUAUGAUGCUCUUUAAUAAAGAAAUGAACUUACAUAAUGAACAUGAAAAGAUGUUUUUCCUCAAAUGGCUCAGAAUCCUGUUGGAUGAACAUACAUCAAGUGACCUUUCUUCUCUUCUUCACAAAUAUGAUGAAACAUGGUCAGCAGUUUUGAAACUAAAAGACAGCAGUAAUAAAUCUGAACAACAUAAAGCUAAACAAACUGAACUUGAGAAGAUAUCUGAGGAGCUUCAAGCUGCAACCUUUGGUGUGGAGCACAUCAUGAGGGAGAUCGGUCAGAUCUAUGAAUCAUGUUCAUCUGUGAAGAAGAACAAGAAAGACCUGCAGAUUCACUUCUCUUCUCUCUCGAGUCUUGCAGCAGAGAUGAUGAUUUCUGGAUUUCCACUGGAGCUGAUGGAUGGAGAUGCUGCUCAUGUUCCUCUGGUGUGGAUCUCUGCUGUUCUAGAUGAACUCAUCCAGAAACUGGAAGACCAGAGAGUCUUUGUGCUGUCAGUUUUAGGGAUUCAGAGCUCUGGGAAAUCCACCAUGCUGAAUGCCAUGUUUGGACUGCAAUUUGCUGUCAGUGCUGGCAGAUGCACCAGAGGAGCUUUCAUGCAGCUGGUCAGAGUCUCAGACGAGAUGAAAACACAGAUGAACAGUGAGUCAGACGAGAUGAAAACACAGAUGAAGAUUGACUAUAUUCUGGUUGUUGAUACUGAGGGUCUUCGUGCUCUAGAACUGUCUGGAAGAUCUACAAGAGAUCAUGACAAUGAAUUGGCUACAUUUGUUGUUGGAAUUGGAAAUCUGACCUUGAUAAACAUCUUUGGAGAAAACCCAUCUGAGAUGCAAGACAUUCUUCAGAUCGUUGUUCAGGCCUUCAUGAGGAUGAAGAAGGUAAAUUUGACUCCCAGCUGUGUGUUUGUGCAUCAGAAUGUUUCAGACGUCACCGCUGGAGAGAAAAACAUGGAGGGGAGGAGACGACUGCAGGAGACACUGGAUGAGAUGACAAAACUUGCUGCUAAAGAUGAAGUCUGUGAUGCUGAAUGUUUCAGUGAUGUCAUUAGAUUUGAUGUUCAAAAUGAUGUGAAGUAUUUUGCUCAGCUCUGGGAGGGCAGCCCACCAAUGGCACCACCAAACCCAAACUACUGUGAGAACAUUCAAGAACUAAAGGAAUCUAUUCUUUCUCAUGCCGCAAAAUCACAUGGAAUUAUGCUGAAAGACUUAACAGUCCGUAUUGAAGAUCUUUGGGAGGUUUUACUGAGUGAACGAUUCGUCUUCAGCUUCAGGAAUUCUCUGGAGAUUUCAGCCUACAGGAAACUGGAGACCGAAUACAGCAAAUGGUCCUGGAGUCUUCGCAGUGCCAUGAUGGAGACUGAGAACAAACUACACAACAAAAUUGAAAAUGAAGUAAUGUAUGAGGUUGAGGAAAUUUAUCUUCAAACAGAACUGAAGAAGACAAGUGAAGAAGUCGAAAAAUCAAUGUCAGAAUUCUUUGAGAAAGACAAAGAUAAAGAUAUACUGAUUCAGUGGAAAACAUCAUUUAAAAUCAAAAUCAAAGAUGUUCAGGUAAACAUUGUGAGGGACACAAAGAAGAAACUAAAUGAGGUUCUUCAGCAGCGAGUCUUGAAGAAAAAGAUUGAUGCUCAGAGGACACAUCGUGAAGACACUCUCUAUGAAAAGAGCAAAGAACUUGCCUUAAAGCUCAAAUAUAAAACGAAUGAUAAAGAUACAUUGAAGAAAGAGUUUGAUUCCUUUUGGGAACAGUGGAUGAUGAAGAUCAUCACAGACACCCCUCCAAUCAAAGACAUUGACAUAAUGAGAGAUGUGAGAGAGAUCCUCAGGGACGUCUAUGGAAGUGUUUCUGUAGAUCACUGGAGGGAGAGCAGUGAGUACAACACUAUUGUCACUGUGAGUUAUUCUGAAUAUGUACAGUUAAAAAAAUCCAGUGCAUUUGUUAAAAAUGUUGUCAGAUCAGCUAAAGAGGUGCUUGGUUUUGAUCCUCUGUCUAAUGAGGAUAAAACCCAAAUAAAAUCAUUUGUCACAGAUGUUGUUCGGCAGACAGACGAAGAGAUUAAGUCAUUUAACAUUUCAAAGGUGGGCUACAACAAAAGCUUAAUUCAACAACUCACAGGUUACAUCAAGGCAAGAGUUGUAGAACAUGAGGAAGGACGAAUUAAAUAUGUGUUCAAGAAUGAAUUCUUCAUGGAUUUGGUUCUUUCCAUCUGUGAGAGAGCAAACAAGAUGAUCAAUGAGCAACACAGGAGGUUUAGAGAAGCCAAUGAUCCUGUCCUAUACGUUGAGAAAAAGAGAGAAGAGUACUAUAGUAUUUUCCAGAAGUACUGUGAUGGAGCAACAUCAGCUGCCAUUUUUGGUGAGAUCAUCUGUCAGAAACUUAAAGAGCCAAUUGAGCAGAGUCUCUACAAGAAAACUGCUAGAGAGCUGGCAAAUUAAAUGAGAACAGAAUGUGCAUCACUGAAAGGAAACCGAUCAAAUCUGGAGAAGCACAUCCUGGAGACACUGGCAGAAGAGGAGGAUUUUAACAAAUACAUGAACUACAUCCAUAAUCCCAGAGAUCACUUCAAGAAUUUCAUUACAGAAGAAGUCAGUCGGUACAUCACUGAUAAGUUCAGUGUCAGUGUUUUACCCAAGAUGAAGGAGAACAUUGAACUCCUGCAGCAGAAGAUCAUGAAAGCAGCACAUGUUCAAGUGAAGAGGGGAGAUGCGGGUUUGUGGUUGAAGAGUUUCACACAGCAGCUCUCAGAUGAGCUGAUCUUCUCUGAAAAAGACCUCAGUGGAGUCAAACAUGAUGAUGUUGAUUUCAAACUCCUAGAAGAUGUGAUGAGAAAUGAACUUCCUGAGAUAAUGUCUGUCAGUAAUUUCAACACAAAUACUUUUAAUGAAAAACUGGACUUAAAGGUUAGACCAGAUGAGCUUCUGUUUUCUCAUUUCUGUCAGUGCUGUUGGGUUCAGUGUCCAUUCUGUGGAGCCUUCUGCACCAGCAUCAUAGAAAACCAUCCUGGAGAUCACAGUGUUCCUUUCCACAGAGUGAAUGGAAUUAAAGGAUGGACUUACUAUCAAACAGAUGAUCUCUGUACUGAUUUUUGCACAACUUUAGUGACAAGUGGAAAACAAUUUGGGUUUUCAGAUAAGUGGUUUCCUUGCAAUGACUACAGAAGUGCAGGAGGAGAUUAUGCAAAGUGGGACAUCAUCCCUGACCCUCAUGGACUGCCGUACUGGAAGUGGUUUGUGUGCACAUUCCAGAAAAACCUGGAAAAUCGUUAUAAUAAAAAAUUCAAGGGUUACGGUGAGAUUCCACCUGAAUGGAGAAUGAACAAAAAACAAGAUGCUAUUCAGAGUUUGAAAAAAUUUAUUGUUACAAACUAA